AUGGCUUCCUGUGUUCAGGCCCCCGAGUGCUCCCAGCCACGUGAGGGUCAGUUUUUUUUGUCUUGCAGCCCGGGAAGAAAGCGUGAUUUUUCACCAGUGCUUUGGAGCCAGUACUUUGAGUCCAUGGAGGACGUCGUGGUGGAAGAUGACACUGGCAAGGAUACUUUUCGAAUUUACAAAAGCGGCUCCGAGGGCCCUGUCCUGCUGCUCUUACAUGGGGGAGGCCACUCUGCCCUGUCCUGGGCUGUGUUCACUGCUGCAAUCAUCAGCAGGAUCCAGUGCAGGAUUGUGGCUUUAGACCUCCGAGGCCAUGGAGAAACAAAAGUAAGGAAUCCUGAAGAUCUGUCUGCAGAGACYAUGUCAAAGGACGUGGGGCACGUGGUGGAGGCUCUGUACGGGGAUGUGCCCCCUCCCAUCAUGCUGAUCGGGCACAGCAUGGGGGGAGCCAUCGCGGUGCACACGGCCGUGGCCAGCCUGCUGCCCAGCCUGCUGGGGCUCUGCAUGAUCGACGUGGUGGAGGGUACAGCCAUGGAUGCCUUGAACAGCAUGCAGAACUUCCUAAGGAGUCGGCCCAAAACGUUCAAGUCCCUUGAGAAUGCCAUUGAGUGGAGUGUGAAAAGUGGACAGAUCAGAAAUCUUGAAUCUGCCAGAGUUUCUAUGGUCGGUCAAGUCAAACAGUGCGAAGGGGCUGCCAGUCCUGAAUGYCCUAAAGCCAUAGUAGAGGGAAUUAUUGAGGAAGAGGAGGAGGAGGACGAGGAUGAGGAAGGGGGAGGCUCUGUCAACAAAAGGAAGAAGGAGGAUGACACAGAGACAAAGAAGGAGCAUUUGUACACAUGGMGAAUCGAGCUGGCCAAAACAGAAAAGUACUGGGAUGGCUGGUUCAGGGGUUUAUCCAACCUCUUCCUGAGCUGCCCGACUCCAAAGCUUUUGCUGUUAGCUGGUGUUGACAGGCUGGAUAAAGAUCUGACCAUUGGACAGAUGCAAGGGAAGUUCCAGAUGCAGGUGCUCCCACAGUGUGGCCAYGCAGUCCAUGAGGAUGCUCCAGACAAGGUUGCUGAGGCUGUUGCCACGUUCCUGAUCCGGCACAGGUUUACAGAGCCCAUCGGUGGAUUCCAGUGUGUGUUUCCUGCUUGUUAAUACCCCGGUGUUCUCCAGCACUGAUUCCAUUGUAAAUAAACUGCACCAGAGGCCACUGUGAUGUAUCCAUAUCCUCUCAUCUCCCAGCCCAGCAGCAGUGAGAAGUUGGUGUGAGAUUCAUCCCCUAGAACUAGUUCUCCAGAAUAUCUCAACUCUUAGGGACUUCCUUCCUGGGAAGCAGCUUCUACUGAAGACCAUGAAAAGCUCCUCRGGCCCUUGGAAGUGGGAUCCUCUUCUCCACUGCCACAAAGAGACCUCCUGGAACCCCAUGAAGUCCAUCAUAUCAAUCUCCAUCAAUUCUCAGGCUUGCUCAGAGCCAGAAGGGCUCUUGGCAGUGCAGAUCCACUGAGGGCAUUGCAGCACAGCCAAARGCUUCAGGAUUCUCCGUGGAAUCGUGGAACCAUCUUGGAAGUGCCCCUUAGGUUUGGGUUUUCCAUGCACGAGGUUUUUGUCCCUAAAGCAGACGAGGUUUCAUCUCAGCAGUGCCAGCCUUAGGGGCUGAGCUGUGGGAGAGCCUGGGGGCUUUCCUGGGCAAAGCUGGAUGGAAUUGUACAUCCAAAAGCAAGGGGAGGGCUGUGAGCUCCAUUCCAGAGCCUUGCAGCUUUUCUGGGUUCAAGUCCUCUCUGGGAAGAAGAGCAUGGAUGACUCCAUCUGCUGCAGACACAUCCCAGGCCAGAGGAUUCUGACCCUGCAUUUAUGGGAAGGACCAAGAGCAGCAGGGACAAUGUGGUCAGCUGCACUUGGGCUGUUUUCUGCCCCUGGAAUGCGUUUGUGGUUCCCUUCUUGGAGCUGACACAGCUGAGCAAAGAUCAGCACCUUUGGGAUGGAAAAAUAUGGAAUGGGCUGUAGGGAAAACCCUGGGAGAGCUUGGAGUCAUUCCUGCAGAUGGAGAUGCAGAGAUGUAGGCAGCUGUUCUCCCCAGUGCUGGAGGAAGGACCUUGUUUAAACUCAAUAAUUUCACUGCCUGCCUUCUGGAAUUGCCUGUGCACAGAGAGCUUUGGUUCAGGGUUCAGGUACCCACAGACAGCUCAUCAGCUUCUUUUCACCCAAGAGUCACACUGAGUGUAGGACCAGGCACAUUCUGGAGUAGUUUUCCUCAAUAUUUUGCUGGUGGAUGUCUGAAAUGCCUUUUUUUUUUUUUUUUUUUUUUUUUUGCCUGGUGUCCAUAAGCCCUUGCUGCUGUCCCAUGAUUUUAACGCUGCUUUGCUGAGGCAAAGGUCUGUGGUGAUUUGGGAGCUGCCCGUGCAGCAGGAAUUGUUGGCAUUUGAGAGGUGCAGCGGGGCAGAGGGUUUGAUUUGGGGUUUUUGGCCUGGUGGAGAUGCUCUGCCCUCUGAUUCACCGGGGCUGUGUCCCUUCCCUGACCCYUCUGCAGGGAUUAGGGACAGGAAAGGCUCCUGCAGAGAGGAGGAAUGUCCUCCUGGCACUUUGGGCUGCUCUCUGCACUCCCCUCUGUGUUCAUUAUUGCAGUAAUCUGGUGUAGCAUCCACCCUGCUCUGCUUCCUGAUGGAUUCUGUGGAUCUUCAGUAGUCAAGAUGCAAAACAGCUCUUUCCCCAGCUAUGUCCCCCAAAAGGGCAGAAUUCUCUUUUCCAGGCGAGUCCUUGKUUCAGAUUUUUAGGGACUGAAAAAUGCACCCUGUGUCUCCAGAGCGUCGCUUCCCGGGAUCAAACUCAUGAAUGGUGGUGGUGAAGUCUCAUUCCUCCAGGGUGAAGUAACGUGGAGAGCCUGACUUGGAGCCAUUCCUGGCGUUACCCYUUGAUUUGUGAGGUCAUAAAAAGCCCAGCCAAACAGAACCUUCUGUGGAGAACAAAUCAGUUUUGUGGUCUGUAGCAGCACUGCUGGAAAAGGAAAGAUUCCUGGAAUCCYGUGGGCUCCCCGGGGUUCUGUUUUGUUGUUAACAUUGAGUGAAUGAAAAGAAAAUAAAUAUUUCAAGAGCCUAUUUAAUUGAACAGUGUUGUCACUGUGUGCCAGCUCCCAGAUAGGGGAUAGGGGCUGUUCAGGGCUGUUCAGGG